AUGACUGCUGGAGAACUGACACUGGAGGCUGCUUGUGCAUGGGAUAUGGUGUGUUGUCAAUACUUCAUGCACAAGGCUGUUCCCAAUGAUGAACAAGUCAAAAAGGUUGCCUGGGGAAUGCAAGAUGUUUGCAUCAAGACUGAACUUAGGUCAAACUGGUUGCCGGCAGACUGGACCGCCAUUGUUAGGAAGAGAAUUCUAAAUUCCACCCAGGGCUGGUGUCCCUUUUUUGAGUGGGCAAUAGAAUGCCAAUUCCAGAAUUUUCUUCUUUGCAAUACAACCUCACACUUAUCCAAUGUCCUGCUCAAGCACCAGCUUGAGGCCAACAUGCUGGACAAUCUCACCCUUGACUGUUGCCAUGAUAAGAUCAACGACGAGAAAGACUUAGCCAAAUGGAUUGACACUGUCAAACAACUCAAUGAUAAAAGACUUAUAGCUCUUGCAUGCCAACAAGAAGCCAUGGACACAGCUAUCCGUGCAGAAAAAGCCGCUUAA